AUGAAAGCUACUGCUGCCAGAUAGCCACAAGAAUCAGAAGAUUAUACUAAUGUACCAAAUCAACAAGAACCACAAGCAUUAACAACAGCUUUUUCACGAACAACAUGGUUAAAGAACAAUAUCAAGUUCAUCGUUCCUUUUGUUGGUGUUGCUGCUGUUGCUGUUAUAGUAAUGUACUGUAUAUUCAAAUCUGAGCACCAAAUUGAUCAUGGCAAUAUUAAGUACUUGAUCGAUAAUAGUGCAUCUAUUGAACUUAAUAAGAAAUUACUACCAUACUCGGGAAAGAAUUAUUAUUAUCGAGAUGAAAAAUAUAAAUAUACUUUAUGUAUGUAUCAACACUAUAUUGAUCCAACAACAACCACAAGCAUCUUCAUCAUUAACAACAGUGUUAAAGGACAACAACGUGGCCAUCGCAAUAAUUUGUCUCUACGUCAUAAUCAUCCUCUCCAUUCCACAUGUUAUGAACAAGCAUUAAUGAAUAUAUAUCCAAUUAUGGUGUUAAACUUUUCUUGUCUUGAUUAUGUUUAA